AUAUACAGUAGUAACCUCCAUGAUUAGAUAAGAUGGGAAUCCUGGUUAGUAUGGGAAAAGUUAUUCCGCUCGGGGGCAAAUUGCUCCCGACACCGAAAUCACAAGAAACCCACCCAAUGGGAUGUAGAGGAAGCCUCGCUACGCCAAUUGAUCCCUCGCGCUGACGACCACAACCACGACAACAGCAAUUGCUGACUGUGUGCCAGAAUCAGCUAUUACCUCGCAAGGCCUAAUUACUAUCGCUUUCAAUUGCGCUAUCGGCGUGACCCAGUACCAAACGCCCCCAGUCAGUCUGAUCCAACCCAUCCGCGAACAUCCUAAGACUUGCGACACACUCAGCCUAUAUCAUCGCUGCGGCGGACGAUGACUGCGGCCCAUCUCUCCUCUGCCAGACUACCAUAUCGCUGAACGAUCCCACCCUACGCCAUGCCGGAAGUCGUUCGAGGCAGUCGAGCCAGUUUACAGCUCGACCGCGACGGUCAACCUCUAGAAUCACCGACGCGAGAGGGAAGAGCCGUUCACUUUCCAGGUGAAAGUCCGGCCACAGAGGAUGUCCCUUCCCCUGGGAUCAAUCAUGCCGACUCCAGGCUCAGCAUAUCCUCUGGGCGAAGGAAAAGCAGCUUUCAGCGGCGGAGGAGACCAACCCAAGACAUGACCUCACCUGAAAGAGCCGCAUAUUAUGACAGCCGGGCGGCGACAAAAAGAGAAUUCAGGAGGAGGGCGAGCACACUACAAGAAUACUAUCAAGAACAUCCCGAACUCCUGCCGCAGUUACCGUUUACAUGGAGACAUGGCUGGAAGCGAUUCAAAUUGGGCUUCACCAUAUUCAUCAUGGUCGUUGAUGCUUGCGUGCUUCCAAUUGUGCUGUAUUAUACCAUGAAAUUCGCCGGACAUGUACAGGGAUGGAUAAUUUUCGCAAUCGUGGCCAGCAUCUGGGGCGGUCCGACGUAUAUGGAAUUUGCUGUUCGGUCCUGGCGCCUGAUCAAAAAAGAGAACUUCUUUCGACCCCUGGGAUCGUCAAAUCGAUGGGCAUUUGAUAUCACGCAUUGGAUCUCGAUCUUGACGAUUGCGUCGGUCACCGCUUUUCUGAUUAUUGGCAGCGCGCCGCAUAUCGUAUGGAUACGCGUCCUGGCAAUGCCUGGUCCCGCAAUUUUGGCUUGUAUAGGCGGAAGCGUCUUCGUCAUCACCAUGUACAGCCUCUCCGGGUGGAAAGCGCCAUUCCGAAUCAGCUCGACAUCAAAAGGAGGCUCAGUCCACCCGGGCGUCUACUACCUGAUGGAGGACGUCGUCGCCGUUAACGCCAGCGCCGGCAGACCCUUCCGCGAAGCGCUUGCUGCCCGAUACAAUGCGAGUCCCCGAUUCAGGAAGAUGCUCAUGGAUCAGUCCUUGUUCUGGUCGAUUCCAGCUGUCAUCAUUGCCAUCGCUCUUACAGUGGUCAUUAUCAUCCAUCCAAUCUCGAAAGAAGUAGGAUAUGGCCUUGGCUGGGGUGUUCCUUUCGUCUGGAUCGGCAUAUGGACGGCAAUCUCCAUUCCAUGGAUUCGCAGGGAUAUGCACAGGGAGACAAUCACGUGGGAAGAAGAUGCUGGUAUUGUGCCGCAGAAGAAAGCGGGGAGAGCUCAUGACGCACAAGAUUCACAUUCUGAAGAGAAUAAGCUGCCGCACCCGGAUAAGGAGCCUGAGCCCGAGCCCUGAUCCGUCAUGAUCCGUCAUGAUCAUUGUAUGUCUCUUUAGUCACAGUGGAGUUGCGGGCAGGCUUGUCGGGAAAGCCCAGGAGUGCCCACAUGAGCGUUUGGUUCAUCUUCGGUAUAAAAGAGCUGGAAUGGUAAAUCUCUUAGCGCACUAAACAUUAUUAAUGUGAUGACAGAUACUAAGGUCUCUGAAUAGAACAUAUGAUAUACGGGAGUCAGAACUUUACAAGACUGACUCGAAGGCUUCGUGGAGACUGUCCCGUAGAGCAAUCAUGCUGCUGCGCAGUGGAGGCACCAAGUUCAUUUACGCAGGUCAGCCCACUUCAAUACGAGGUUCUUUCUGAGUAAAGGCUGCCGAAUGUAAGCUGCAUCUGCGAGUCCCCAAACCAAUA